AUGUCGUCUUUGGAGGUUCGCGCUGCGCUGCUGCCGGCCGCACAGGUCCCUUUAAUUAAGGGGAAGAGCUCCGCGGCGGGGCCGAGGAGAGCUGCUCUCGGAGAGAUCACCAACUCUAACGCCGCUAACGCGAAGUGGGCCACUUCAUCUGCCUCCAGCCUGGUUCGGGUGUUCAGAAGCCCGGUUUUGGACCCACCCGGCCCCCCUGGAGGCUUGAUGGAGCAGAGCUCCCUGGAAGUGGCCUCUCUAACGCUCUGCUCUUCUUUCCAGAGAGCCGGACCGUCAAAGUCCAAACCGGCUUGUGCCCAAAAGGUCAAACCCGUCCAGGUGGUGGUUCCGACGGUCCAGGUCGGCCCAGCAGAGCCCCCCCCGGCGGUGCCAGAGGCCCCCCCCGCGGUGCCGGAGGAGGGGGCGCUGUGCCGGGGCUUCUCCCAGGUGCUGCUGGCGGCGCCGGACGUGGACGAGCAGGACGCUGACCAGCCGCAGCUCUGCUCCCAAUACGUCAAGGAGAUCUACCAGUACCUGCACGUCCUGGAGGUACCCGGCCGACCCCCACAGCUGCCCCCCCUGCUCCAGCUGCCUCACAGGGCCUCUGUACUGGCGGCCCCUGUAGUUCUCAUGCUCGAAGCCGACCCAUCUGCCCAGCAAGAAACAGCCCAGAGAGAGAAAAACAUCAAAAGCCCGUAUCCAAAAUCAGACUCGGGAGCAGAAAUCCCCCUUUUAGGACAAACAGCACAUCUGGAGGCAGAUGUGCGUCUCAGGUGGACUUACGCUCCGCCCUCCACCUGCACCGAGUUGCAUCUCUCUGGGAAGUUCUUGUCGCUGAUCCGGGGACAGUCGGAGCUCAGGUCCAGCCGCCGGCCGGCAAAGUUUCUCUGUUCGAAAAGGGUCACCUGA